AUGGUAAAAGGUGGUAAAGCUCUUAUAGUAUCUUUUUCAGUUGCAGUUUUCAUUGGACUUAGCUAUGUAGGAUACAAAUACUAUCCAGAAUACUUUUAAUUUAGAGAAAAGAAGAAGCCUAUAGUAUAAGAACCAGUAGAAUGUCUAGAGGAAACUGUAGUUGAACCAGAAGAAUAGCAAGAAGAUCUUGAAAUUGUGAAGUUCGAGGAAGAAAAGAGCCCCACUUCACUAGAAUCAGCCCUAGAUGAAUCGGCUUAUCAGCCAUAAAAUUUAAUAACUACUGCUUAUGAUGAUCCAUACCACUUAGAAAUUAAAUAAAAAGUUACCCCUCUCUUGACCGAACAUGGAAUCGAAAAAUUCAUUACAGCACCAGUUGAAGAAUCAUUUGGGUAGCUAAGUAUAGAACCUAAUACCCUUCUAAAAAUGUUCAAAAUUCUGAAAAGUUUAUAUCAUUAAGAGAUCUUAAGCAUCAGAGAUUAUCACAAAAACUAAGAAUAGUUAAAAGGCGAUAAGUUCAACCUCUACAUAAAGCAAUUCUAAAAUUACUAAAAGACUAAACAAGAUAGGUUCCGAGCGAUAUUUGAGGUUGUUUCUGGUGAAGUUAGAGUACCUCAAAAAGAGUUCAUAAGAAACAUAGAGAUCUUACGGAAAGAUCAAUCUCGCGCUUCGAAGUAUGAUGAGAUUAAUUAAAAGUUGGAGUACGUAGUAGUCAAAGGAAGCAAUCUGUCAGCAGGAGAUACCAUUAGAGAGCUCUGUUCUUCUAUGGCAGAUGCAAAGUUGCUGCUAAUCAAACCUCAAAUAUAAGAAUUUAUUCAAAACACAAGAGACUAAGAAUUAAGGGAUUUCAUAGACUACUUAAUUUCAGACCAAUUUUACAAGAGAACUGGACUAUAGGAGGAUUAAUAUUAAAUACUAUUAGCCAAGCACUAAGUGAUUGCUAAAACUCCUGUUCAAAGUAUGAGUGCUGAACUAAUUGAACUUCUAUACUUGAUCAGAGAAAGACUCUAUGGGAAGAGGAAUGUUCAAAAGAAUCUUAACAAGUCUUCAAAGUAAUACAGAGAUCAGGUGCUUUAAUCUUUAGGAGUAUACCCUGAAAUAAUGUUUGACUAUCAAAGAAAUGACUGCAAGACACUGCUAUAAGCUCUAUUAAAAGAAGAUAAAUGGACUGAUUUGAUGAUGGUAUUAGAUGAUAUAUCUUAGAUACAUCAGGAUUAAUGA